UUUUUAUUGUAGUUUAUUUUAAUAUAAUGGAAUUGUUUAUAUAUUAAUGUUCAAUUUGUUCUUUAUAAAUUUGGUUGUGUUGUAUUUGGUCAAUUAUUGUUUUUCACUUCGGUUUAUUAAUUAUAAAGUAAAUUCUUUGUUUAUAAAUAAUUUUAGCACUGAAACGAGUUUAAUAAAUGAUAUAAAAUUUGAAGAGUAUGAAAAUUCAUCAAGAUUUAUUAAUAAAUCGAAGGAAUCCUCAUCGAAGGGAGAUGAUAACUCGGGUGAAGUUGAGGAUUCCAGUACACAUCCCUCUGAAAAUGUCAUUAAUACCACACCAGAUGUUAAUAGUGACUUGACAAUAUCAAAACGGAUGGUAAAUUCCAUUUUGUCACUUUUAUCAUCGUUUUACGAGCCGGAUUUCUACGACAUAAUACCGAUUUUGUAUAAUAUAAAGGAUGAAGUAAUCAACAUAACUGAAUACAUGGGAAAUACCCAAGUUAAAACAUCGCAGAGAAAACACCCAGAGAAAACGAAUAAUAAACUAAAAGAUAAAACAUAUAAAAUAAAUGAAGAAAUGUACGAUAAGAUAAAUGGAAUGUUCAUGACUGAUCCCUCUGGAGAAGUUGAGAGUUUAGUUUUGAGCAUUCCAUCGUCUAUUAUGAACAGGUUGUAUCAGUCCUCACAUUAUGGACAUAAAGGCGAAUCUACGAUUCCUCAGAUACAGCUGGUAACUUUAAGUUCAGGAUUUUUCACUAAACUAUAUGAAAUCGCAAUUUUCCCAUACCUUUCAGAACUGUUUCAAAAGUGUUUUAACACGACUUUGGAUAACACAUUUGGGCUUAUGCAUAGGAUUAUAACUCAUAAUUCAAGUGAAGAGAAUGAUGUAAAGUCUGAAUUUUAUACUGGAAUUGAUAAAAUUCCAGGAUUUCUACUCACUCCGCAGCUGGAAAAAAGUUUAACUGAAGAGUUUGAAAAUGCAUUUCGGAUAAAUAAACUUAAACCUGGUAAUGAUGUUGAUUUGACUGUAUUCUCAAAGGAUUCACUGUUUUUCCUAACCGUGCUCAUCAAGUGUAUGAAGGAUUUAGUGUACUUUAACUCAUCCCUGAAGCUGCUGGAACAGUUAAUAGGGAGAAAACCAACAGAUAAUGAAAUAAUCUUUUCAUUCUUUAAUAAAUCUCAGACAAAUUUAAGUAAAAGUAAUAAAGCGGGUACUGAUGGUUCGGAAAAUAACCCUCAAAAACAGAAAUCAUCCCAAGAAUUUAAUGUUAAAAAACUGGUACAGAUAAUAACCGAUAGUGAAUUUGAGAUAGAACAUAGACUGGACUUAUAUUUUACACCGUUCGUUGAAGCUGUGACUAACAUUUUUAAAAAGAAGAUAAACAGCGAAUUUUUUAAGGUUUUGUUUGCAUGUCAGAAAGACGCACUAGCUGGAGUUAAGACUAGACUGUUUGCAAUUAAACCAAAAACUAUUGACAUAUUUGGAACGAGAUUCAUCCAUCAUUUAUUUUCAGUCAGUUAUCAUCACGUGAAAAUGUCAGCUUUGAGGCAAAACUUGCCUGAACACCUGCCAAUAGGAACUUUGAGAUUAGCUAAAAAGGGCCUUAAACUGUAUGAAUACCUGGAAAAACUCCAAGAUGACAUAAUCUAUAGACUAAAGAAAAAUGUUAUCACCAAGGAGGAUAUUGAAUCACUAUAUGAAGAUCAUGUAGAUAGUGAUGCACCUGAGGAAAGUGGGAACACGGAAAAUAAACGUCCGAACCCAACUUCAACAAGGAUUGACAUAGACGAGAAGAAGUACAAGGAGUUUAUAAGGAAAGUAAUAGAAAUCGAGAACCGUUUUAAUAAAAGACCCGGUGACAAGACUUGUAACGACAACAUGAGGAAACAGCAACAGGAGGAACUUUUGAAAAAUACCGCGGCAAAGAUUUUAAACGUUACUACAGACAGACUGAGCGAGGCCAUAGAUGCUUACUAUUCUAAGGAGGUCAGUCCCAGGGAUAAGAUACCAAAGUAUUUAAAGUCUAGAUUCAAUUCUACUGGAAGGCCUGGUAGAGCUAUAAGGUACUAUGCAGACCUUGAACCCUAUGAUAUUUAUGAAAGACUGGAGUCGAUAGAGUAUUUCAGGGAUAUGAUAUACCGUAGAACUUUGAGGAAACUGGCAAUGGAAGCAUUGGACGACAGACUUGCAAGGAUACUUUUCAUGGCACAAAAUAGCCUUUUCUGUGAGGUACACCCAAACUACGAAGAAGUAAUUGCAGACCUUAAAAUCCCAAAGAAGACUGCAGACUUCAUAGCAUUUGCAGCCACUCUAAUGUGCAAACAGUACGAAGUUUGGAGGAUUAAGUUAAACUUGCCACCAUAUGUUAACGAGUUUAGAGUAAAUCCAGGAGUUCUUAAGGUUGCAAACUUGGAUCCAAACGACCUACCAUAUCACAUUUCAACUGCAAUGUACAACAUUGUUAAAACUAAUUUAGACCCAGCACUAAUGAAUGACCCUUCGGUUCAAAUACCCGGAGGACCCGCGAAGAAUAAAAGAGACCGUUUCAACAGGAUGAGGCUCAUUAAGCCCAACUUGUCAGAUAUGAAUGAAUCCUUCAUGAACUAUAAGGCAAACUAUAAAGAGUAUGAACGGAUUUUACUUAAAAGUCCAAUUUACUAUCUACAAUUUUCUGGGAAAAUCACAUAAUUUAAUGUUUACACACUGUA